AUCCAAUAAAAAUAAUUAGUAUUAAAGUAAUUCAAAUCACAGCGAAAUAUUAAUUUUUUUAAAUACAGAUUCAUUGAUUUAUUUGAUACAUAACAUUCGAUAUAGAGUUCAAGAAUCGUAACUAUGGUUAUCAUACUUAUGUGAUGUGAAUUAAAACGAAGAGUGACAUAUUAUGUAUGUAUUAUAGCAUCAAUAUUGUGAAUGUAAAUAUGCGACAGAUAGCUAUGCAGAAGUAUCUGCAUGGCAAGUUAUCUUUAAAAAAUUAUUUGUCAACGGAAUUAUGAUUCACAAUUCAUGUUGACAUAAAAAAAAACAUACUUUUGUGUUGUUAGUUUUAUAGUUUCAAGAUAGUUAGAGUCGAAUAAACUUAUGUAUGUAGCUUACGAAAAUAGUGGUUGAUAUAAUUACAUACAAAUAUAUAAAUAUUCAACAUGUUGAGUAUGAAGAGGAUUUUAACCGUAUUUGCUCUGUUAUUAUCAUUUGAUCUUCAUCAAGUUAUUCCUUUUCAAACUCUAUCAUUUUCUCCUAUUGUUAUUGUGGCAGAAUAUAAGAAAGAAUAUCAAUAUGUCAUAAACACUACUGUUGAAUAUGUGUUUUUAUAUCCUGUUAAUAAUGUAACUGCAAGAAUAGUAGUUGAAAGUAAUGCUACUACCGAUCUACCUCUUAUAGUGGUUGUUCGUCAAAAAAGAGAAAUCCUAUCAUGGCAAAUCCCCCUUGUAGUUCAAAGCGCAUAUUUUGAUGAUUUAGCAUAUAAUAAAACAAGUCAAACUUUGUGUUCAACCAAUUAUAAUCAAAGUAGACUAGAAGAGGAAGAAGAAUUUAUUACUGUUAGUUUGUCCACUGCUAAUUAUCAAAAUAUUUCAUUUAAACUUAACAUGACAAGACAGUACGAUUUUUAUAUAAGUCCUGGAGAAGAAAGAGUAGUAGAAAUUUCACCAUCCCAACCUAUUUAUUAUGGUUAUACUUUCCCAAGGCAAGCGGAAAGUUCUUCUGUGAUCAUUCGUGUUAGUUCUGAUAGUGAUAUUUGUAUGACAGUUUCAAUACAAAAUACAACAUGUCCUGUGUUUGAUUUAGAGAGGAAUAUUCAAUUUUCUGGUUAUUGGCAAACUGUAAAUCGACAAGGCGGUAUAACUGUGCCAAAACAAGAAUAUCCAUUGGGCUUUUUUGUGGUACUUGUAGUAAAAGGUGAUGAUACAGAUUGUUAUGGAGCUCCUAGUAUGAUUCCUGUACGGAAUAAACGCAUUAAUUUAGCAAUAAAUGCUAGUAUUACCAAACGAGAUUAUGUUAUUGCUUCAGGAGUAGUAGUAUUUAUUAUUUUUAGUUUCUGUAUAGCCUAUGUUGUAAGCAUUGUGAUAUCAAAAAUUAGAAGGGAAAGAAAAAUUAAACAAGAGAUAUUACAUCAAGAAUCAGAGCAAAUUCGUGAACCUAUACCAAGCCCAUCAACGGUAGAAGAGUCUAUUCCACACCGAUCAAUAUCCAUAGAAGAUGAUUCUUCACUGGAUGAAGAUGAUAUCGACUUAAUGGAAGAUGCUUUUUGUGAUAAAGAAAUAAUACGAACAAAACUUGUGCUUUCCGUUUGCGAUUUGGCUCGUAAAGAUCCAAAGAUUCUUAGACAUAAAUCUCGAUUAUAUUUAUAUUAUUUGAUAACAGUUGCUAUUUUUUAUACUUUACCUGCGGUACAGCUGUUAAUUACGUACCAACAUGUACUACAUGUUACUGGCAAUCAAGAUAUGUGUUAUUACAAUUUUUUAUGUGCUCAUCCAUUUUUAUCACUGUCAGAUCUCAAUCAUGUAUUUUCAAAUAUCGGAUACGUCAUGUUGGGUUUUCUAUUUAUAUUUUUAACAUCUUCUCGAGAACAUGAUGAAUUUGAAAGAGAAAAAAAUAAAUGUUAUGGCAUACCACAACAUUAUGGAUUAUUUUAUGCAAUGGGCACUGCGCUCAUUAUGGAAGGAAUACUCUCAGGAAGUUAUCACGUAUGUCCAAAUCGAAGUAACUUUCAAUUCGAUACGAGUUUUAUGUACAUCAUAACAGUGCUAUGUAUGAUCAAGAUUUAUCACAAUCGUCAUCCUGAUAUAAAUGCCCGAGCAUCAGUUACAUUUGCAAUGUUAGCAUUCAUCAUCUUCAUAGGAUUGUUGGGAGUCUUAUAUGGUUCAAUAUACUUUUGGGUUCUGUUUACUAUCGUACAUUUGCUCACUUGUCUUUAUAUGACUAUUCAAAUUUACUACAUGGGGCGAUGGAAAGUUAGAACGUUAUUGAUAAGAGUAAUACAGAUUAGUAAACAUGAUGCCCGUUCUGGAAUUAGAUAUUUCUUUCGGCCUUUAUAUAUGGGACGUUUUAUUAUACUUAUUGUAGGAAAUUUGUGGAACGUUGCUCUCGCAGUACUUGGGAAUAUGCACAGCGAGAAAAAUUUCGCAACGUUUCUGUUGGCUGUAUUAAUGUCUAAUUUAAUUUUAUAUACUUUUUUUUAUAUUGUUAUGAAGGUUUGUCACAAAGAACGAAUUCUACUUCAACCAGCGAUUUAUAUUGUGUUAUCAAUCGCGUUUUGGGGCGCCGCUUUAUAUUUUUUUAUACACAAUUCUAUCUCGUGGGAGCUAACCCCAGCACAAUCGCGCAAUUAUAAUAAACCCUGCAUACUCCUAAACUUUUUUGAUAGUCAUGACAUUUGGCAUUUUUUGUCAGCUUUAGCAAUGUUUUUUUCAUUUAUGGUAUUGCUUACUCUAGAUGAUGAUCUAAUUGAUGUGCAUCGAAGUCAGAUUUCAGUCUUUUAAGGACAAUGACACGAACGAAGAGAGUAUCGAGAAUUUUUAUGUCUCAAACGAUAUGACUGCAUGUAAUAUAUGUAC